GUGUGUGUGUGUGUUCAAAAGCUCUUUGAUGUUAUCAUCCAAUUGCAUUAUUCCCCAACUGUCUUCCUCUUUGAUAUUUUUUCUCGUGUUAUUCUCAUCUGCGCGCUCUCUCUGAGCAGAGAAACAGAUGAAUGUGACUCAUGUUCAUCAGUACCACUUGGCAUUCUCUUCCCUCUCGUCUUCUCCUCUCAAUCCUCGUGUACCCCUUUGUCCUUGGCUGGGUAUUUUAUUUCUUAUCUGAUAUCCUUGUCUUUCAUUUAGAUCCCUCACUGUUUAGCGUGAUACAUCAUCUGAAGCCACCUGUAGGCGGUGGUUUAAUGCUUUAAAAAAUUUUAAAAAAAAAAACUCUAUUUAACUUUCAUGUCUACUCUGUUUGAGAUCAGGGUUAGCUUGUCUAAUUAUAUAAAGCUUUUAAGGGUACCAUAGUUUCAGUUGUUGUUCCUAAUACGUAAUAAUGAUUUUAAAAUACUGCUGCAAAUAUAUCGUGAAUAUCUUAAGCUGUUUUCCCACAUGAAUUACAAAGAAUGUUUGAAAGAUUAGAGUACGUAUAAUCCAGUACACACAAACAUGAAAUACAGUAAACAAAACAAAAAGUUACCUUGAAUUGUGAGGAAAAAGGUUCAAAUUAUAAUGUCAGAUGGAGCAAAUGGUCAUUAUGAUCUUCCCCCCAACCUGCUGAGGGUCCUGGGCAAUUGUGCCCUUGAGAUGACCCUCAUUUCAUACAGAUUCUGAAGGUACAGUAACUAAGGAUGGCACUGGAUCCUGCAUGGUCACUAAUGCUGUUUGAUACACCCUCUAGCUAGCUAACACCCUCCACCUUCAAUCAGGCUGGAAAUUUAUCCAAGUUAUCUUAUUUCUCAUCUAGUACACUAACUACUGGAAAUGAUUCUCGUGGCCUGGGAAGGCCUUAUAGAGUAUACGAGAAGCAGCACACAUGUUACAAGGUAACAUUGCAUGUGUAAAAUACCUUUCACUUCUGGGAUAUUUCAGAUUUCCACCUUUGGAAAUACAAAGUUUGAUGUAUCUUGUUUUCCAUUAAAUAAAAUAAAACAAACCUCUAAAAUACAACUGUGUAUUGAAUGCACUGUGCCUGAAAAAUUUAACAGGAAGGAGUAAAAACAAUAACAUCAGUUGUAAUCUGUCAGAGAUGUGCUGGCAUUUCGUCAUUAUGAAGUAAAAAUAUAAGUGAGUACCAGAUUUGUCAUUCUAAGUUCUUGUCGUACCGGCCAUUUUUCUGUGUAACCAGCUGACGGUGUGUGUGUGACUGCGUGUGUUUGUGUGAAGUCAUGUUCCCUGCAGUGUGAAGCUGCAGCCAUAUCUGGAUAUAAUUUUCUGUCUGGGCGGCUAUGACAAAUAUAUGAGUCACGGGUCAAUAACGUCUCACAAAGAUGAGAUCAUUACACACCAUGGAGAGCUCAGAUUGAAAUUGUAAGUCACCGAUACAAGGCACAAGCAAUCUUUGUGUUUAUGAGUGAGUGAGUGACUGUGUGUGUGCUUGUGUGCCAGACUAAUGGUCUAUUGUGCUCUGUCAGGGUUUAUUUAGCUAGCCGGGGCUGUGGGGUUUGCUGGCUUUGGAGUCUGGACCAGGCACUAUUUUUACCUUAGCAGGAAGGGAGUACACCACCUUCUCUGUUACAUAUGCUCACUCUUAAACAUUCAUUCACCUUCAGUGUAUAGUCUGAUUUGCAAAGUUUUAUCAUACGCAGAAAUCCUAGGUGGGACAGACUGGGAAGAAAUAUAAAGAGCGAGAGAUGACGUCCAGGAGGGCUUUUAGACACAACAAAAACCAUCGAAAACACACAUGGGCGAGCACAGUCCCCUACACACACAUACUGCGGAUAUCCCUGUCCCAUCGCUGAGGUGUCUCUUUUCAAACUGGUGGUGAGCAGCUGCUGUCCUCAUGUCAGGGCAUGAAGAUGAAACAAACACCCGUCUGAGUUUCUCUCCUCGCUCUCUCUCUCUCUUUCCUGUCCUGAGCUGUGAGAGGCUGCCCUGGCCAGAGGGUGGAAGGUAGGGAGGGUCUAAAGGGGCUUUACCUCUGACAACUAUGCUUUUUCAGUCCUGUGGGAGAGGCGGAAUGAACCUAUAGACCGAGCGUGCAGAGUAUUCAGAAAGUGCAGGGAAGGAGAAACAGCGUCACAACAUGUUAGGGUAAGACGAGGAGAAGACACCAGUAGAGAAGUAGAUAGGGGUCAGUUGACUGGGAUUAUGAUGCAUUUUGACUGGACUAAAGCUCAGGAGUCAGUGUGGACUACAACCUACUGACUGGGACGUAGAAGGGAAAAGACAGGAAAACGGAGAAGGAGAGAAGGAUGAGGGAGGCACUGGAUAAAACGGAUGUAUGUGGAGGGGUGGAUGAUGUCAUCAGGCAAGCCUCCAGUCUCUACCUCAGUGAUGAUUAUAAAGAGGCCCAGAAGAAUGAGCGGGAGUCUAUCAGGCAGAAGUUGGCCCUGGGCAGUUUCUUCGAUGAUGGGCCGGGCAUCUACACCAGCUGUAGCAAGAGUGGCAAACCCAGUUUGUCCUCAAGGCUGCAGAGUGGGAUGAACCUACAAAUCUGUUUUGUCAACGAUAGUGGCAGCGAUAAGGACAGCGAUGCAGACGACAGCAAGACGGAGACUAGCCUGGACACACCUCUGUCCCCUAUGUCCAAACAGAGUUCUUCCUACUCGGACAGGGACACCACAGAGGAUGACUCGGAGUCUCUGGAGGACAUGGACUUCUUGAGUCGACAGAAGAAGCUGCAAGCAGAGGCUAAACUGGCCCUGGCUAUGGCCAAGCCCAUGGCCAAGAUGCAGGUGGAGGUUGAAAAACAGAACCGCAAAAAGUCACCAGUGGCUGACCUGCUUCCACACAUGCCACACAUCAGCGAGUGUCUAAUGAAAAGGAGCCUGAAGCCCACAGACCUGAGAGACAUGACAGUGGGACAGCUCCAGGUUAUAGUAAACGACCUGCACUCCCAGAUUGAAAGUCUCAACGAGGAGCUCGUACAGUUGCUACUGAUUCGGGAUGAGCUACACAUGGAGCAAGACGCCAUGCUGGUUGACAUAGAGGACCUCACCAGGCAUGCCGAGAGCCAGCAGAAACAUUUGGCUGAGAAAACCCUAUCCAAAUAAGAUGCCCCCCACCACCCCAACCUCCACCCAAGCACCCCCCACCCUAACACUCCCCACCCUCACCUACAAUCCGCUUCCCUAUGCCAAGCUUAGUCCCCUGCUCCCAAACAAGCUUUCCCCCUCCAGCCAUUCCACCUCUGCCCCGCGUCGAUCUGAACCCCUCCCCGCUUGUCCUAAGUACUUUGCUCCUCGCUGCUUCCCUGUCUGCUCCCGAACCUCCCCAUCUCCCUUUCUGCCCAACUCACUGACUUCAGCGGUAGCAGCAGCACAGAAGAAGGCCGCCCUCGUUCAUUCGCUUCUGUGGUUUUCUCCCAGCGCAAAGGACGGUGUAGCACGUCCUGUUUCCUGGGAGAGGAGGCAACUGAUUGUGUGUCGUCAUGGAUUCUGUCCCCCAGCUUCCUGUGCAGUGAUCGGCCUCGCUUUGCUCUCGUUUCUUUUUUUAACUUUCUACAUUCACCACUAAAUUAUGACUGUUCAAGCUCAAAAAUUGUGGAGAAAAAAACAAAACAAAAUAAUAGUGAAAAACUUAGUAGAAAGUCAGUCAUGAGAUUUAAAAAAAGAAGAAGAAAAAUGAAACAACGCUGUAUGAGAAAAAAAAAUCAUGGAAAACUAACUUCAGACCAUUUUAAGUUGGACGGUAAUUUAAAAGUAUUUCAGAGUCGACCCGUUUUUAUUCUGCACAAAUGGUCGUUUUCAGCUGAUGAGAAAUGUUCGUUUGAAGGUGCUAUAAGAGUGUAAAAGGAAAACAUGCCUGCCUUGUAGUGGAGUUGUAGAUUUUUUGGUAAUACGUUCACUCUAAUUGCUCUUCAACAUUUUGUGAAUGUUGAUUUUCUGACACGAGUCAUUUUAAAUGAAUAAGUGUGUUAAUAUUGUUUUCAUCCUACUGUAUUCAGAUACUUUAUUUGAGGGAAGAAAUGUUUAUGUACAGAUAUGUAAAAUAAAGAUUAAACUUUGUUUCAUA